AUGUCAGAUGGCGGAAAGCGCCCGUCUUCUUACUUCCAUUUCUUUGCUGGCUUGAACUCAGGCAUCCUGUCUGCAGUUCUCCUCCAACCUGCCGACCUCCUCAAGACACGCGUCCAACAGUCUCGCUCAAGCACUCUUCUUGGAACCAUCCAGUCCAUCGCAAGCGGGCCGAAUCCCAUCCGGCAGUUUUGGAGGGGCACGCUGCCAAGUACAUUGCGCACAGGCUUUGGCUCUGCCAUCUACUUCUCCAGUCUCAAUGCGCUGCGGCAUAGAGCCAGCUUGGUUGCCGCGGCGAGGGCGGAUGUGUCGCUGAGGGGAGGCGAACAUUCGAGCUCGCUGCCAAAGCUGAGCAACACGGCCAACCUCGCUACAGGAGCAUUUGCACGCACAUGGGCCGGCUUUGUCAUGAUGCCAAUUACGGUCCUCAAAGUGCGAUAUGAGAGCAAUCUGUACGCAUACAAUUCCAUGUUUUCCGCUUCGAGAGACAUUUUCCGCACAGAGGGACUCAAGGGCUUUUUUGCUGGGUUUGGUGCAACUGCGGUCCGCGACGCGCCAUAUGCAGGGCUUUAUGUUUUGUUUUACGAGCAGUCGAAGCGAAGACUGUCGAGCUUGGCAAGCAAAAUCGAGGAGACGUCGGGCGCAGCGACCAAGCUUUCGUCGAGCACGUCAGCCGGUAUCAACUUUGUCUCGGGAGUAGCGGCAGCUGGCCUAGGGACAACGGUGACGAAUCCGUUUGAUGCCAUCAAGACUCGCAUCCAACUCAUGCCUGACCAAUACGGAAACACGAUACAAGCAGGUAAGAAGCUGCUUGCCGAGGAAGGGGUGCGAAGCUUGUUCGACGGGCUAGGCAUUAGGAUUGCCAGGAAAGCGAUGAGCAGUGCGCUCGCGUGGACCGUUUACGAAGAACUGAUUCGACGCGCGGCGAGCCUCAAAGAGGUGGUCGAGGAUAAGAUCUAA